GAGGAGAUGAUCAACACAGGACAGUUGAGUGGCUGGCCAGAGUAAGGGCGCUCAGACUGGGAGAGGUUCAGGAGAUGCGUCCGGACUCUCAGGUUCUCGGUGAAUUCAGGGUGAGCACUUUUCUGGGUUCCAUAACUCAGGUGUUUGAGUUUUCUGGGAAACCUGGUGUUGGGUCUGCACUAGAGGAAAAACCGCUGUGAAAAAAAAAAUCUGCAAUUAACAAACAAGUGAAUCCACUAUGUGUUUUUUCCUUUUAUAAAAAUAUGAAGAACUGAUACGGGUGAUCUCCACUGACCACUUUCCUUCAACUUUUUAGGAAUGCACUUAUUUGUGUCAGCUCCAGGAUAACUGUAUAUAAUUGUUUAUCGACUGUGCUGACUGUUAUUCUGGAAAUCAUGGCAGUGGCGGGGGGAGGGGCUCUUACAGCUCAAAUAUUAAAUAUUUAUUGGAUUGCCCAAUGGUUUCUUUAAAAAAAUUAUGAGCACCGUAACAAUUUUGUGGAAAUCUGAAAAAAUAUGGGAAAACAGUCACCCCUACAGCCAGCAGAGGAAUUUUUACGUUUUCUAUCCAGUUGGUAUUCAUAUAUACAUUUCUGUUUUUCCCUCAGAAUGACAAGCAUGGAAUAUAUACAAUUUAAUACCUUUUAUUUUAUAGCUAAAGGGGUUUUCCCAUGUUGUUAGAUACUCUUAAUUAACUCAUUCCAGGGAUUAUUUGGUUCCAAAAAAUAGAAAUUUCAUCCAAUGAUGUUAGGCAACAAAGAAGGAUUUACUGGGUAGGUACAGUAGCUACUCAAAGAAACCAAGGGAGAAGUGGUAAGAGGGCUCAAGAGAUUAGGGCCCAAGAACUGAACCAUCAGCCCAGAACUUACCCUGUCAGUUUCUCUGGGGCCAAUCAGCUUCGCAUUCUGCUUUUCUCUGCCUGCCUGUUUUUGCGUCCUUAGCAGCGUUCUGGAACUUACUCCUGGCCCAAUCCAGCUGUGCCAGCCCCAGCUUUCCUGUAUCUCUCUCUUGAGCACAGCAGAGGCCGAGCUCAGCCUCCACCACCCCAUUCCAUACUCCUGAGAAGGAGGAUCCAUCUGGAUAGCUGGGGGCAGGAGAGCACUUUAAGACUCAGGAGCUGGGGCAGGGAGGUGGUCCUGUAGCUGGUGAUCUGCCCUGCUGGGCCUGGGAGAGAAGUUACUGAUAGGACACCCAAACUCAAGAGUGCUUGCCAUAGCCAUCGUGAGCAACCACAUCGUAUUACAAAAAGAAUAGCCUCCUUUCAGUAACCAUUUCCCAGUUCCCAAAUACGGUGUUUUUUUACUGUGCUAAUCAGUCCAAGAUGAGGUUUUCAUUUAUGAAAGCUCUCUUGUAUACCAUUCAGCCUGGAUAAUCUUCGCUGUGACCCUCCUUAUUGCCCCAGAUUGUAAGACUGUGAGCCCCAUCGACGUUUCCUGCUUUCUUCAGUCCAGUGCUUUAGGCAGCCUGCAUUGACAAGGGUAGUGGACAUUGCCUAAUUAUGCACUUAUUCUGAGUCAAAAUGCUGUCUCUGUACUAUAGCAGUCUCUGUGCCUUAUAUGGUGCUGGGCUCAGCCUUACCAUGAUGAGCUGCUGUACUGAGUCCUAAUCUACAUGGGGAUUUCUUCCUUACCCCACCUCAAAAGGCCACCACUUGAGAAGCAAGUCAAGCAUAAAUCCUGCAGUCAGGGGAAAGUCCAAGGGACGAGAAAUAAGAGCACAGCGUAUUUACUUAUUCAGAGAACAGGAUUUGUCUCUGACGUGGCAUUUCGGAUGUUUCUGAAGCCUCUCAUGGAAUCUGAAUGCUAGAUCUCAGGAUGAGAAGGCAUUUUAAGACUGAGGCCACGAGGCAAGCCAGACAUUUGCUCUUCCUGUUUGUAAGUCAGGAAACUAGUGUCCUGAGAAAAUAGAUGAUUAGUCCAAGGAGCCCAGCUGCCGAGGAGCGGGGCUGAGUCUCCUACCUCUGUAGGCAGCUCUCAUCACAGGCUGGUCCCACUUGUAAAGUGCCUCUGAUCUGCGGUCCACUAGGUCUGCAGGGCAUGCCCCCUGAAAUAUUGGGAAGUCACUGAGAUGUGUUGCUGCUGCCUCUUUCCAGCCCUUCCUGAAGCUUUCUAUGGCUUUCCCCACCCAGAACCUGCUCCCUUCUUACCAUCUCCACUACCACCAUCCUGGUUGACGUACCAUUCUGUCUCGUCUGAAUAACAGCAAUGGUCCUCCAACUUCUUUUGCUCUUCCCCAAAUACCCUAGGCAUGUUCCUGCUUCAGGCACAUUGCGGUUUGCUCUGUCUGGAAUCCUCUUUCCCUAAGUAGCUGUGUGGUUUGGUACCUUGCUUUUUACAAGUCUUUGCUCAAACAUUACCUCAGUGAACCUUCCCCCAAUCAUCCCAUUUGACAUCGAACCCCUUCCUUGCCCUACCCCCAGCCCUUACUAUCUCUCUUUCCUGCUUAAUUUUUCUCCUUAGUACUACCCUCUUAUAACAUGCUAAAUAUUUCACUCAUUUGUUCAUAGUUGGCCUCCCCUGGCUAGGAGGAAAUCUUCAAUCUACUUUGUAGGAAUUUUUUUCUCUGUUUCAUUCAGUGCGGUAUCCCAGAAUCUAAACAGUGCCUGGCACAGUAGAUGCGAAGGAACGGUCUUCUCUUCCCAUGCUGGUACUAUGUUCUACUCCCAUUGGCUCUCUUCUUUGCUAAAUGACCAUGUGGGAAAUUAUUUGGUCAAUGGGUUGCUGCCUCUAGAAUGAUCUCCUCCGAGUGUGGUAAUGGUGAGCUUUGGUGAAACUCUUCAUGGUUUGUAGACCCCUUAGAGAAUCUGAUAAAAGUUAUGGAAACUCUCCCUGGAAAAAUGUUCAGACAGAAUAAUUUUGUGUUCAACUGCAUUCGACUGCAGAUGCCUGUAGUCCAUUUGUAUGACCUGGAUAAUGGGUCCAAACUGUUCUAGAAGUCACUCUAGUAACAAUUUUGCAGAGCUAAGACCCUUUUUGCCCCAGUCUCUUUCUGGCUCCCUUUCUCCCUUGACAAGAGAAAUGGCCCACAUAGUUCCCACGGCACAUCCAACUUUUCCCCCUUGGCUCCUCCUGUCUCAUAGCUGGCUCUGAACAUUCCUCUCACUUUGUCCCAUUCUGUGACCAAUUCUAGUGUAUUUCUCCACACGUCCCAGAAAUUCUUGGACACCAGCUGGAUGUCCUACAAUUUAACUAAACUCUGACGCUAUCUACCUAGAGAUAACAUCAGAUUCCACAUCCUAAGGGCUCAGUCCUGCAGGACGUGUCCCCUUCCACGCAUUUCAGGUGCCAAAUUCAAGUCCAGAUGGUCACUUGUACUUCUGACCCAAAGCUGUAGAUUGGAGGUUCCAAUGAUCCCCUCUUUGGGGUCAAUUAAUUUGCUAGAGGGGCUCACAGAAUUGAGAAAACCAGUUUACUUAUUAGGUCAUCAGUUUAUGAUAAAAGGAUAUAACUCAGAACAGCCACAUGGAGAUGUACAGUGAAGGCUGUCUGCGGGAGUACCACUCUUCUCCAAAUCUCCACAUAGCAUCAACCCAGAAAUUCUCCAAACCCCAUCCUUUUGGGUUUUUAUGGAGGCUUUACUGCAUCUGUAUGAUUGAUUAAAUCAUGGGCCAUUAGUGAUUGAACUCAAUCUCCAGCACCUCACCCCUCCCUGGAGAUCACGGGGUGGGACUGAAUGUUCUAACCUAGGAAUCACUAAGUUGGUUCCACUAGUCAAUUAGUCCCUUAUCUUAGGUGCUUUUCAAAACUCACCUCAUUAAUGUAAUAAAAGAUACCUUUAUCUCUCUCAUCACAGGAAAUUCCAAGAGUUUUAGUUAGGAGUUCUGUGCCAGGAAAUGGGUGAAAGACCAAAAAUACAUUUCUUAUUAUAAAUCACCAUGGAAAGCACCACCUUGGUGUACCUUGCUUUUCCAGCCUUUUCCUUCGUAGCCAGCCAGUUUAUCUCUUUUUCCCCCCACUAUUCUUUCCAAAGGACCUGACUGGAAAAGUUAGAUUAAUUUUUUCCCAUAAGUUCUGGAUGUAAUUCCAAGUUUUCUUGAUUUAAGUAGAAGAAAGGGAAGAGAGGUGAUCACAUCUGGACUUCUAGUGACUUGUCCCCUGGCUCACAGCUUCCCCCUUUUCUAUAAACCACCUCCUCCCUGAGUAGGAGGGCUCUGUCCUUCCAGGAUCCCCACACUGAAACCAGGUGUCUGUCCCACUCCCAGGGAGCAGGCAGGCCAUAUUGCAAACUGCUGUUUAGUGGGAACCUGCUUUGCUCUCUUGCUCUGGAGGCUGGCUUCUCCGUCUUUUUCUCAGGCUACUGCUAGGUAUAUAAGCACUGCACUGAAUUGUGCCUAGCUAUUCUCUGACCAACCCGGUUGUAAGACCUGGGGCAAGUCCCAUGUUUUAAGCAUCUUUGUGUGUUUGCCAACACUAAGCAUAGAGUAUAUAAACAUUGUGCUUUUACAUGCCGUGGGUUCCUUUCCUUCUUCUCAUUUCUUAAGUUGUCUGCAUCCUUCAGAGCAUGAUUUCACAAUCUACAGCAGGGUUUAGCCUGUGGGAGUGUGGUAUCUCUGUGAUUCAUUGUUUUUCCAGGUAUUCUGAUUCUUUUUCUUUUAGCUAGAGCUAAACUGGUAGUUACCAAGGAUGAUUUUUACUUAUUUUUGGUAAUCCCCCUCUCCCCAGAUCCUAACACAAGACACAAGCCAGUUAUUUAUUUAUCCAUUUACUCAACAAAUAUUUAUUGAGCAUGUGUCUUGUGCCAAGCACUGUGCUAGCCCUGGGGGUACAACAGUGAGAAAAAGACUAAGUCCCCUCUCUCGAGGAGCUCACAGUCUAAUAGAAGACACAGAAAUGAAUCAACCCCCAAACCAUAAUGUUACAACUGUGAAAAGUACCAUGAAGGAAGAACAUAUAAUGCACAGUGGGGGGAAAAUGUCUUUGUCAAGAAGUUCAGGGAAGCUUCCCUGAACUAGUGAUGAUUAAGCUUAAAUCUGAAGGGUCAGUGGAGGCUAAGUAGACAGAGGAGGGGAAAGAGGAACAAUAUAUUCCUCAGUCAGAGGAAUCGCAUAUACCAAGGUCCUGUGACAGAAAGGAGAACAGACUCUAGAGUAAGAGGAAGGUGAAAACAGUGAAUAUAGCUUGCUAACGAUGUUGGUCUUCAUCCUAAGGUGGCUUAGAUGAGGGUGGUGGUGGUGAAGAUGGAGAGAAGUGAGCAGGUUUGUACAAUGUUUCAGAGGUGACAUUGCCAUGACAUGGGAGUGAAUUUGACAUGGAAGGUGAAUGUGGUGUCAGUCAAGUCCUUUGUUCCCAGCCUAUGGGUGAAUGGAGGGAUGAACAUUUGGCUGGCAGCAUCCUGGCAUUACUCCUCCUGGCAACCCUUCCCUGCCCCCGCCUGUCCCUUCAUGAUGCUAAGAGUCCAUUUCAAGUCUCCUGGGUAUGUCUGGCAGGGUUGCUGCACUAUUUGCUAAAAUCUCCUCAACGAGAGGGGGGCAAUCAUCUCAGUUUGCCCAACAACCCACCUCCAAGAUCAUUCUUUCUGAAGGCUUGACUGAGCACAUGCAACUCUGAAAGCACAUGCACUCAGAGAAGAGUGGGCUGGCUUCAUCAACACUAAGUGAAAUCCUGUGUUCCUGCCAGACACUUUGAUAUAUGGAGCAAUGCUGGUAAGGGCUUGUGUGGGGGAUUUUUUUUUUUUAACCCACCUACACGGUGUCCCUUGAAUGGCAGUUGACAAUUAGCUGCUAAGUAAAAGGAGGCACUUAUUUUUAUUGCGGGCCCUGACAGCUUUAUGUUCACUCUUUAAAAGCCAAGACUCAUGUGUGUAAAGGUGAGUGGGGAGGGGAAGUGGUGUGGGAAGGAGGAAGGGAGGGCCAGGGGCAGGUGCCGACAGAUCCCAUGAUUUCCUGGAGUCAGAACCUGAGCAGUAUUUACAAGCAUGUGCUGAUCUGGAAGCGAGAGAAGAUGGUUCUUCCAGGUUGGAGAGGAGGGAAGGCGUGAGGCUGGCUCUGCAGAGACUGUGAUUCCUUGGCCCCCACCAUGCCUCAUAUUCUUAGGAUGCCGCGGUGGGACUCGGGCUGUGGCUUUUCUGCUCUGGCCCUGCUCUUUUGCUGGAAUUUCAGGAAGAAAACACCCAAGCACCGAAAGAAAGCUGUGUUUGGCCAGCGUUUGGAUGAGACCGUGGCCUAUGAGCAGAAAUUUGGCCCCCACCUGGUGCCCAUCCUGGUGGAGAAGUGUGCGGAGUUCAUCCUCCAGCACGGCCUGAAUGAAGAGGGCAUCUUCCGACUGCCUGGGCAGGACAACCUGGUGAAGCAGCUCAGAGACGCUUUUGAUGCCGGGGAGCGGCCCUCCUUUGACAGAGAUACAGAUGUACACACCGUGGCCUCCCUGUUAAAGCUUUACCUCCGAGACCUCCCAGAGCCAGUCGUUCCCUGGAGCCAGUAUGAGGGGUUCCUGCUGUGUGGGCAGCUCAUGAAUGCAGAUGAGGCAAAGGCUCAGCAGGAGCUGGUGAAGCAGCUGUCCAUCCUUCCUCGAGACAACUAUAACCUCCUGAGCUACAUAUGCAGGUUCCUACAUGAAAUCCAGUUGAACUGUGGUGUUAAUAAAAUGAGCGUGGAUAACCUGGCUACUGUGAUUGGUGUGAAUCUCAUCAGGUCAAAGGUUGAAGACCCUGCUGUGAUCAUGAGAGGGACUCCUCAAAUCCAAAGAGUGAUGACCAUGAUGAUCAGAGACCAUGAAGUUCUGUUUCCCAAGUCCAAGGAUACACCCCUGUCACCCCCUGCUCAAAAAAAUGACCCCAAGAAAGCUCCAGUGGCUCGAAGUUCUGUGGGCUGGGAUGCCACUGAAGACCCCACGAUGUCUAGGACAGACAGCUUUAGUAACACGACCAGCGACUCAGACGUAGGAAGCCCCACUGGACAACAGCCGAGUGAUGGGUAUUUGGAAGAGAGCAGUAAAGCCCCCAAGGAAAAGCUAGGAGAUUGGAAGCUGCAGUCGAGAAAAAGGACUCAGACGCUCCCUAAUCGGAAAUGCUUCUUGACAUCGACGUUUCAAGGUGCCAACAGCAACAAAGUAGAGAUCUUUAAGAAUGAGUUCUGGUCACCCUCUUCAGGGGUAGAAGCAGGGGAAGGGCACCGGAGAACAAUGUCUCAAGGUAUGCCCCACUUUUCUGACUCCCAGCGGACUUCCACCUAUGAUAACAUCCCUUCCCUGCCUGGGGCCCCUGGGGAUGGGGCAGCUGCGGUCUCUUCCCAUGCUUGUGACUCCAAGAGAGAAACUCUUGCCAGCCCAAACUCUGAAACCGGACCUGGAAAAAAGAACUCUGGAGAAGAGGAACUUGAAUCCUUGCAGAGGGUGGUCCAGGAACUGCAAAAGGAAAUAGAAACACAGAAGCAAAUGUAUGAGGAACAGAUCAAAAACCUUGAGAAGGAAAAUUACGAUGUCUGGGCCAAGGUGGUGAGGCUCAAUGAAGAACUGGAGAAGGAGAAGAAGAAAUUUGCAGCCUUGGAAAUCAGCCUCCACAAUGUGGAGCGCUCCCGGGAGGAUGUUGAGAGGAGGAACAAGGCCCUGGAAGAAGAAGUCAAGGAAUUUGUCAAAUCAAUGAAAGAGCCCAAGGCCGAUGCUUGAGGGUCCCAGGAAAACAUGGAGACAGCCCACAGAGGCCCACCUGACACUCUCCCUUUCUCAGCGCUACCUGAUGACUGAGAAGCAAAAUUACUCCCUAUGAGGGAGAAGAAGACAUUUUGGGGGGAAACAC